GUUUUCAUCGGGAGUUUCUGUUUGGGUCUGCUGGUCAAUGGGGUCCUGCGGGAACACGACUUGCUCGUUCAGUUCGUUGGAGUUGAUUUUUGGAAGCAUGAAUGUUAUUAGAAGAAUUAAAUGCGCGAGAUUCAUAACAUUUGCGAUGAUGCGUGAACAGUGUAUUUGACAUUUUCCGUUUUUUUUGGCAUAAUAGAUUUGUUCCCAAUCAGAGUUUGGGCAGUUCACGAACUAGUCCAUGGCUGCAUAGUGGACUUGUUUGUAUUAAAAUUUUCGAUUGUGCAUUGACAGUUUUUUUUAUUGUUUGAGCGCGCAUUGGAAACAAAUUUAAUGAUACCUGUUUUAUAAUUGUUACAAAUACUUGUAUAGUUUAACCCGGUAAUGUAAUAUAUACUGCUCCACAAAAGUUAAGGAAGUUUACAAAUAUUGAGAUUAAUUUAAAUGUUGCAGGUUUUUUGAUCGCCAAAUUUUGUAUGAAUUGUAGAGGUAGGAGCAAAAAAUCCACUCAGAUAUGAGAGAAAACAUUUAAUUUGGUGAUCAAAAAGUCUGUAACUUUUAAAAUAUUAGCUAAAUUUGCGAACUUCCUUAAUUUUUGUGGAGCAGUUUAUUUGGUAAAUAAAGUCAUCCUUCUAGUUUAAUAAUUUAUUGAUAUUAAUUGCUAUAGCUUGAAAGGAGGGGCUCCCCGUCAACACUCGGUUCGACUUUACAAUAAAACGGGUAUAAAGAGAGUCUCUCAAAAUAAAAAAUUUAAUUUUGGUUAUGCAUUUGUAUACAUUUGAAGGUUGCUAGUAGCGGUGUUUGAAGGUUAAACAUUAUACAAGAAGAUUGGAUAAAAUUAAAAAAUAAGAACUCUACAUUGAAUCUAGGUACCCCACAAAUACUUUGCAUAUACUCUGAUGAAUACACAGAAGUUGACAAAAAAAAUACAAAAUGCUGGAGCUUCUUUUAAUAGCAACACUUGUAGUGACUCUCUUCUACAUUAAUUGCAUCAAACCGAUGUACCAUUGGAGAAAACUAGGCAUUAAAAGUACACCUGUGGUAUGGAUAGCCGGAGAUAACUGGGGAAAUGCUCUAAAGCUAGAAAGUUUCGCUGACAUGGUGAAAAGAGUAUAUAACCAAGUACCAGGAGCUAGGUACUCUGGUAUGUACCAAUUCACAACACCGACAUUAGUGAUUAGAGACCUCGAGUUGAUUAAACGGAUCUGCGUUAAGGAUUUUGAUCAUUUCGUCGAUCAUAGAUCAUUCGUUUCCGAAGAGGCCGAUCCUACAUUUGGAAAGAACAUAUUUUCACUCAAAGGUCAAAGAUGGCGAGAUACGAGACCUUUGUUGAGUCGUUUGUUCACCAACAGAAAAAUAAAAGGCAUGUACAUAUUGAUGACGAAGUGCGCCGAAUCUCUAACUAAUCACUUUUCUAAGCAAAUGAAUGAUAUCGUCGAAUUGGACAUGAGGGACGCGUCGGGACGCUUCACCAACGAUAUCAUCGCGUCCACGACAAUCGGCGUCAGCGUCGACUCGUUCAAAGACCCGACCAACGAGUAUUACCUGUUGGGAAAACGGGCCACCGAUUUCAGUAGUUUAGUUAUCAGGAUAAAAUUCUUCGGGUUCUUCUUGUUUCCGAAAUUAACCACUAUGCUGCGAGUACCGCUGAUCGACGCGCAGGCCUCUAAAUUCUUUAACAAACUCAUGAUGAAGAAUAUCAAAAUGAGGAGGGAAAAGGGCAUCGUGCGUGGCGAUAUGAUCGAUGUUUUCCUCGAAGCUCAAAAAGGUAAAAGCAGGGAAGAAGAAAAUCAUGAAAUUUACAACGGACACGCUUCAGUUGAGGAAUCGGAUCUCAAUCAAAAUUAUAUCGGUAAAUCGGCGACUACUAAACUGACGGACUUUGACAUAAUCGCUCAAGCGAUGGAAUUCUAUUUGGCCGGUUUCGAAACCACAUCCUCCGUGAUUACCUUCAUGGCGUACGAAUUGAUGGUCAAUCCGGACAUCCAAAAUAGACUUAGAAACGAAAUUAUCAAAACGCUGAACGAUUGCAAUGGAACGGUGACGUACGAGGCCCUGUUAAAGAUGAAAUACAUGGAUAUGGUCCUAGCAGAAACAUUGAGAAAAUGGCCGGGCGCAGUAUCAGUGGACAGGCUAUGCACCAAACCGUACACAAUCGAGCCGGUAUUACCGGGGGAAAAACCCCUUCACUUAGCCGAAGGCGACAUUGUAUUAGUGCCGAUAUUCGGACUCCACCGCGAUCCGGAGUUGUUCCCGGAUCCGGAGCGCUUUGAUCCGGAAAGGUUCAACGACGAGAACAGGGGCAGCAUCGAACCGUACUCGUACCUUCCGUUCGGCGUGGGCCCGAGGAACUGCAUCGGCAAUCGAUUCGGUCUAUUGAGCGUCAAAGUGCUGUUCUUCCACCUGUUGAAGGCGUUCGAGCUCGUCCCCGUCGAUAAGACGGAAAUUCCAGUCCGGAUUUCCAAGUCGAAAUUCGGCGUCGAUCCGGACGGGGGUCUACCGUUGGGUUUGAAAAAAAUAGGUGAAUGAUUUCGGAUGUGCAUAUAUUUUAAUCAAAGUGUUACAGAUAACAUCUAUUAUUUGGUAGUAUUACAUAUGCGGGGGUUAAUAUUUUAAAAAUCGUUCUUCAAAUCGUAUGUUUUCGGGAUCUUAGAAGCCGGACGUUUUCGAAGAUAUUCUCGAAUGUUUUCACUUUCUAAUAUUUUAUCUUUUAGUUUGAUCAAUGCCGGGUAUUGCUCAAAAACAUUCUUCUCAGGGACGAGAUUCAUUAGGUCCUCAUAUGCAGAAAGGAAUACAAUAUCCGCCCA